AUGUAUGUUCCUAAAGGAAAUCGGUGCUGUCGUAGCCAUUUAUUAGACAAGUGUUUAUAUGAGCAAGAUAUGUACAGUUUAAGAGUAUAUUCAAACAAUAGUUUAAUCGAUGUUAAUGAAUUGCGCACUUAUUUCGAAUACCUUUCCGUGACUAAUGGUAGCAGCAUUAAAGAUAAAAUAGGCAAUUUCACUCUUUCUGAGGAACGGUUAAAAGCAUUUACGGGUUUAACGUGGGAACAGUUGAUCCAACUUCGCGAAAUGAUGACUUCCAUAAGGAAGUCAAAACAACGGGACAUAACACAAGCACUUGUAGUAUUUUUAUUUAAAUUGCGCACCGGAAAUUCUAACAGCGUUAUCGCUGCGAUUCUCGGAUUAAAACGGGAGCAGCAAGUGUCUGAUUUUUGUACGGCUAUAGUAAAUUCAUUUAAAAAGGAUAUUUUACCAUUGCAUUUCGGAUUCGCGGCAGUUUCACGGGAAAGUCUCAUAGAUAACGAAACAUCCAUCGUCGCUAAAAGAUUAUUUAACUUAACUAACGAGCUAGCGCUGAUCUUCGAUGGGACGUAUAUCCGUCACCAAAAGAGUUCCAAUAACGAAUACCAACGAAAAUCCUAUUCCGGUCAAAAGAAGUCCCCGUUGUGUAAACCUUUCACGGUUUGCACGACAAACGGCUACAUCGUCGACGUGCUGGGUCCUUUUUAUGCCACUCAGAACGAUGCUGAGAUUAUGCGAAUCGUGAUGCAAGAUGCAAAUGGUUUACAAACCAUGUUACAGCCUGGGGAUGUUUGUGUAGUUGACCGUGGAUUCCGAGAUGUAAAAGCGCAUUUGGAAGAACGCGGUUUGACAGUGCUUAUGCCUGCUCUGAAAGGUAAGCGCAAACAAUUAACUACUGCAGAAUCAAAUGCAUCUCGGUACGUCACCAAAAUUCGCUGGGUUGUGGAAGCUGUUCACGGCAUAAUAGGCCAAAAAUAUAAAUUAUUACAUCACCAAAUGAGUAACAAAAUACUACCUAAAGUUAGCCUAUUUUGUAAAAUAGCAUGUUUCCUACAUAACACCUUUGGGAAACGUUUAAAUUCAGAUGUAGGUCUUUGUGAUGACAUAGUACAGAGAAUGUCUUUCCAAAAAAACACAGAAAAUUCAUUAACUCAACAAGCUGAGAACCACCACUGGAGCAGACGCAAAACUUUGUUUAAAUCCAUAUCAGCUUCCGAUGUUUUAGAUUUUCCGAAAUUAACAGAGAGAGAUCUGAAAAUCUUUUUUACCGGAUCAUACCAAUUUUCACAAGCAGUAUCAUAUUUAGCAGAAGUUAUGGAUGAGCAUAAUAACUUACAUUUUAGUUGCAAUAGACAGAAUAAGAAUAUACUUAAAUUCGAAAUUAGAUCACGUCAUAUUAAUAGUAGAACUUACAAAUGUUACAUUGAUUAUACGCCAAAUUCGAUCGGAUACUCCGGCAUAAAGCGCUAUUGUUGCGAAUGUGCGAACGGUAACCGUACCGUCGGUUGUUGUUCGCACAUAGCAGCCAUAGUAUAUUACUUGUCACAUGCAAGAUUCCUGGCAAGAAUUGUGAGGCCCGCGGAAAUACUUAGUACGCUAUUUAACAGUGAACAAAUAACACCUGUAAUUGAGGAAGACAGCGAUGAAGAUUAA